AUGGAAUUAAUAUUCUUUUACGCGGAAGAGUUUAUUUUCCUCCACUGCCACAAGAAUAAGAAAAAGAAAUUGAUUCACAUCUCUUUUCUUUUUAUUCCCUCCUCCUCUCAACAUCAACCUCAAAAAUCCAGCUCUAUAAAUACUCAUGUCCCCUUCCCUUACCUUCUCUUAUAUUUUCCAUCAUUGUGUGUUUUGACAUUUGAAAACACUCUACGAAAUCACAGCAAGGUCUUCAAAAUUGUAGUGAAACAAAAAAGUCCAUUGAACAACAAUGAGCUACUCUCAUCAAAGCAUGGAAGUGCAAGGGGCUAUGAGUUUGGAAGGACUUAUGUUGUGAGGCCCAAAGGAAAGCACCAAGCUACUAUUGUUUGGUUGCACGGUCUUGGAGACAAUGGCUCUAGAUUAAAUGGAUUUGCCCAACUGCUCCUUCGCGUCCUGUUUCGCUUCUGGGCGGAUUCCCUUGCACUGCCUGUAAGAUCAUUUCAACUUCUAGGCUCCUGUAACUUCAUGAAAACGUUCUCGCAAAGCGAUUUCUUAAACGAUAGAAACCAACCUCUUUGCUUCUCAGGGUUUGACGUGGGAGAAAUCUCUGAGGAUCUUCAUGAUGAUAUCGAAGGCUUAGAUGCUUCAGCUGCACAUAUUGCUAACCUCUUGUCAACCGAACCAACAGAUGUCAAAGUUGGGAUAGGAGGUUUCAGUAUGGGUGCAGCAAUAGCUCUCUACUCCACGACUUGUUACGCUCUUGGACGUUAUGGAACCGGACAUCCUUACACUAUAAACCUUCGUGCUACUGUAGGACUCAGUGGUUGGCUUCCUGGUUGGAGGAGCUUGAGGAGCAAAAUUGAAAGUUCGAAUGAAGCUGCAAGGCGUGCUGCGUCUAUACCAGUCAUACUUGCACAUGGAAUUGCGGACGAUGUAGUUCCUUACGGGUUAGGAGAAAAGUCUGCUCGUUCACUUGCCAUGGCUGGAUUCCGACAAGUUAUGUUCAAACCAUAUGAAGGGCUUGGUCACUACACGGUUCCUAAAGAAAUGGAUGAGGUCGUUCACUGGCUCGCAUCAAGGCUUGGUCUCGAGGGCUCGCGUUAA